CGCGCCCAUCCCUCUGGAAAGACGGAAAAAAAGAAACGACCGAGAAUUCACACGACGGCGGGAGAAGCGCGAGGGAAAAACGACGCGAAGCGAAAAAAGACAGAUGAAAAAGCUGGAUAGAGAAGAGAGAGUCAACCAAAGACGAGAAAACACGCAUCACAAGUGACCAUGCCGCUCCACAAAUCAUCUCGGGCCCCUCGCCUCGACCCUACCAUGAUCUCGGCCCCUUUGGGGGACUUUCGUCACACCAUGCACAUCGGGAGAGGUGGGGAUGCCUUUGGUGACACCUCCUUCCUGUCCAAAGUAGACUCGGGUAAAGCUACUCCUGACCUGCCAGCUGCUGAGUCUGAGUUAACAGUCAACCACAGUGACCUCCAUACGGAAGCUCCUGGAAUCCCACAGGACACUCAGCUCAAGCACUCUGAGUCAUUGUCUUCAUUAACCCUGGACCUAGACUUGGAUCUGGACCUGGGUCCAUCAAUGCUUGGGGAUGUAUUAGGCGUAAUGGAUGGUUUGUCACUUGAGCCACAUGAUGCGUUGAGUCCCAAAAGUGGCUCUUCAGCUGUGGAGAUAAAGCAGUACAAAGGGGACAUGAAGAUGGCCCAGAAGAUGCAAACGGAUGUAAACGGCGAUAGAUCCCACGUGGAAGACUGCAGAAUACCAGACGAGAAUGGAAUCAAGCCGAAGGGUUUACGACCGAAAGUCAGAUUCAGCGACAAGCGGGAGGAGAUCUUUCGCCAGGCUUCUGAGGAAGACGAAGGGCGAGUCUUUGGCUGUCAUGAUGAAGAUCCGCCGAGCCCUCUCAGUCCAACCAGAGGGGAGACUCCGGUUGGUGAAGCCAAGCUCGCCAAUCACAAAGUAGAUUUACCACCCAGCCCUGCUUCAUCACACAGCUCAGAAGAAGACGCUCCACUGGACAGGAGGAGGCUGGUCAGUGGCAACUCUGAGACUGAUUCAGAGGAGGAGGAGGAGGAGGAGGAGGAGGCAGGAAGAGGCUACACAUUUGAAGAUGAAUUUGAUGAUGAAAUUGGUCUAUAGAAGAUGGACGGGUAUUGCUCUUCCCGAGAGAACAUAUCAUUACUGUUAAGUAAAAAAACAAGUACUCUAUUUUUUGAACACAUCAUCCAAGUAUCAUGCGAGCGGGAGAAUUAAAAUCAAUCUAUACUCAAACUUUAUGUAAAAUAACGCAGGUGUUCUACAAACACAACAUUUCUCAACUGGAAAACUUUUAGCUGCAAAGGUCACAGACGUACGGAUGACUUUGUAAACAAAAAAAAUGACAUUGUGUGUUAUCAGUGAAAAGAUUGUAGCACUUUUGACUUUCAUUCAGCUGCAGAUUGACUCCCAGUCUGCAGCUCUGUGUAAAGUUUGUAUUUCAGUCUGAGUAAAAUGAGCUUUGUGUUCUUUUUUUUGGUUUUAUAUCUGAUAUGUAAUCUGUACACAGUUAGUACUGUUUAUAGAACUCUUAUGUGCCUUAAAGGGAGCUGUUUCCUAACAUUAUUGGUCUGUCAAGUGUCUUUAUAGUCAUUACUCCUGUUAUUUUAUUUCAUUUUUUUCCAUCCGUUUAAAAGUCUUACAGUCCUCAGAGGCAGUGUUCAUGAAUCUUUGUUAGUUUGGUACAUUCCAAAUCAGGGUUUUUUUCUGUGUGCAUGCUUGAUCACCUUUUGCUUGGGACGGGCUGGUAGAGACAAUCAUGGGAUAUAUGUUUUGUUUUGUAGAUACAUUCUACCUGUAAACCUAGAAAAAUGAUUUCACAAUGCUGUAAAAGAUACUCUUCUGCUAUAAGUGCCUGUUUUUAUCCUAGAUGAAGAUUACAGAGAAAACAAUAAAGUUGUUAUUGGGAUUUGAAUAUAA